AUGAGUUCCUCUCCGCUGACGUCGCGAGCUAACAUGGACAUCCUGGACGAGCUGCAGCUGAUCGCAGCCCAGAACCUGGAGAAGUUGGAAGUCAACAAAUACUACGAAGUCAUGCGAGAGCUCGGCAAGGGCACCUAUGGCAAAGUGGACCUUGUCAUUCACAAGAUUAGAGGUACAAAAAUGGCACUGAAAUUCUUGAAGAAGAAGACCACCAAGCUGAAGUCUUUCCUUAGGGAGUACAGCAUCUCCCUCUACUUGUCUCCCUGCCCUUUUAUAAUCAACAUGUUCGGCAUCGCCUUCGAGACGGACGAGUACUACGUAUUUGCGCAGGAGUACGCGCUGGCAGGGGACCUCUUCGACAUCAUUCCUCCGCAGGUUGGUCUCCCCGAAGCGGUGGCGAAGCGCUGCGUGCACCAAGUGGCCAUUGCUUUGGAUUACCUGCACUGUAAGAAGCUGGUCCACAGGGAUAUCAAGCCCGAAAACAUCCUUAUAUUUGACCGGGAGUGUCGCAAGGUUAAGCUGUCUGACUUCGGCAUGACCCGUCGCGCAGGAUCCCCCGUCAAACGAGUCAGCGGCACUAUUCCGUACACGGCCCCUGAGCUGUGCGAUGUGUCCCGCCACGAGGGAUUCUGCGUAGACUACAGUACCGACGUGUGGGCCUUCGGCGUGCUCCUCUUCUGCAUGCUUACCGGCAACUUCCCGUGGGAGAAGGCCCUAGCCUCCGACUCCUUCUACCAGGAGUUCAUCCGCUGGCAGAGGAGGAGGACCAACACGGUGCCUUCCCAGUGGAGACGCUUCACCGAGCAAGCCCUGCGUAUGUUCCGCCGUUUGCUCUCUGUAGAGCAGGAGCGUCGCUGCUCCGUCAAAGAGGUCUUCGGGUACUUCAGCCACUCGUGGAUGCUGGACAGCGAGAACAACAACGGCAAUGCGGUCAACGACAAUAUGUCCUCGUCUUCAUCUGGGGAAGAAGACGAGGAACUUUUAGUGGAGCGGAUGAAACAGCAGACUCUGUCGCCGGCGACCGCCGAGCGGGGCGGUGCGGCCAAGGGCGCCAUGAUGGAACUGGGCGGAGGCCACCAUUUCGUAUCCGUGUCCACCAACAGCUCGGUGUCGUCCACCAACAGCUACGAGCGCGCGCCGCGAGAGAACGGCUCGCCUGGAGGCCGCAUGCUGGUCACCACGCCCAUCGAGAUCUGCGUUUGA